AUGGGGCUCUUUGGAAAAUCAACACCGACAGAGGGGGGCGGCUCCGACGAGCCCAAAAAGUCUCUCUACCAGCGAUACCAUGACAAGAAGACUGGCCGCGACACCCAAAUUUCAGACGACGACCUCCUCAAGUACACUGGCAAGACCAAGGACGAGAUCAACGACUGGGCCAGAGACCGGCCUGGCGUCGCAGGGAACCGGGCUGCAGGGACGCUCGCCGCGGGACCCGCCUCCGGCUUUGGUGGAGCCGCGACGGCGGGUGGCCUUGGCGGAUGGGGAACGGAUGCUGGGUCUGAUCCAAAGCACCCACCGCCGCAGAAGGAGCGGAAGGAGGUUGAUGACUCCGAGUCGCUUCAAUAG